UGACGUCAAACGCAUGCGUCGGGAUAUGUGGGAUUUAUCAGUAGUAACUACAAUACUUCAUCUUUUUAAAAUGUCUGUUUGAUGAAUUGUAAUAAACGUGUAUAUAAUGAAUAGCCGGCUUCAAGAGAUAAGAGAAAAACAGAAACUCCGACGACAGCUCCUUGCACAGCAGCUUGGAGCUGAAAGUGCCGAUAAUAUUGGAGCAGUAUUAAACAGCAAAGAAGAACAGAGGGAGAUAGCUGAAACAAGAGAGCUGUGCAGAGCUGCCUAUGAUGCAUUUGUUGUUACCACCAAACGUAAAUGUCAAGAGGAAGGUGAGACAGAGGAAGAAGACAUUGAGGAAUAUAAGGAUGAAACUGAACAGCAGACGGAAGAGGAGAAUUUGCCCUAUGAGGAGGAAAUUUAUAAAGAUUCUAGCACUUUCCUUAAGGGAACCCAAAGCUUAAAUCCUCAUAAUGACUACUGCCAACAUUUUGUGGAUACAGGCCAACGACCACAGAAUUUCAUCCGUGAUGUUGGGCUGGCAGACCGUUUUGAGGAAUAUCCAAAACUGCGGGAACUGAUUCGAUUAAAAGAUGAGCUGAUAUCACAGACCAAUACUCCACCCAUGUACCUUCAAGCAGACCUGGAGACCUUUGAUCUUCGUGAGUUGAAGUGUAAGUUUGAUGUCAUACUGCUGGAGCCCCCACUGGAAGAGUACUACAGGGAGACUGGUAUGACAGCCACGGAAAAAUGCUGGUCAUGGAAUGACAUCUUGAAGCUGCCAAUUGAAGAAAUUUCAGAUUUUAGGUCAUUUGUCUUCUUGUGGUGUGGCUCUGGUGAAGGCCUGGACUUGGGUAGACUGUGCUUACGUAGAUGGGGGUUUAGAAGGAGUGAGGACAUCUGCUGGAUUAAAACCAACAAGAACAACCCAGGAAAGACUAAAACUUUGGACCCAAAGGCUGUCUUCCAGAGGACAAAGGAGCACUGCCUAAUGGGAAUCAAAGGAACUGUGCGCCGCAGUACAGAUGGAGAUUUCAUCCACGCAAAUGUUGAUAUUGAUCUUAUCAUCACAGAGGAGCCUGAGAUUGGCAACAUAGAAAAACCUGUAGAGAUAUUCCACAUUAUUGAGCAUUUCUGCCUGGGACGUAGGAGACUGCACUUGUUUGGAAGGGACAGCACAAUAAGACCAGGGUGGCUGACUGUUGGUCCAACUCUCACAAACAGCAACUUCAAUGCAGAAACAUAUGCUUCAUAUUUUGGUUCUCCAGGCUCUACUCUGACAGGUUGCAGUGAGGAGAUUGAGAGACUUCGUCCCAAAUCACCACCAGCUAAGCUGAUGCCUGAGAGAGGGGGACUGAUGCCUCCUAGAGGAGGAGGACGAGGUGGAACAUCAGCAGGACGUGGUGAAAGAGGACGGGAAAGAAACAAAGGCAAUUUCCGUGGAGAAAGAGGGAGAUUUAGAGGGGGUCGUGGUGGAGUUCACAGAGGUGGUUUUCCUUCUCGAUGAUUAAGCAGUUAAAAAUAGAGUAGCUAGAAACCAGUGUUUUUAUCAUCCAUACAUAUUGCCCCCUCUUCCUUCGAAUCAUAAUGAUGAAUUUCUUCAAAACAACAGAAGGUUUGCUAGUCGUUUGAUUCCACUUAUUAUCAGCUGAAAACUGGAUCCUUGUAAAACUUGGUUGUUUGAAAAAGAAAGUACAAAAUGAGAAAAAUACAGUUUGCUGUUUAGACACAAGGACUGUUUUAAACAAGUAUUUUCUUCUGUCUGUAUUUCUGCACAGUAUCAAGGCUGGGAGAACUCCAGCAAAACAGGUUGUAGUCUGUCAUGUGCCACGCAGGUGCUUUAGUACUCAAGUAUGCAUGGAACUUAAGACGGUUACCCACUUCUUCAUGAGCAGUAGUGAUCAUAGCUAAUAUUCCUGUGUUUACAACUAAAAGGAUAACACAAGUCAAAUUUUUAAUCAUUUCUGCAAAAAAAUUAAUACAGAGAGCUGGAAAACAGCUGAACUAAUUUUGUUUCUAUGGAGUGUAGUUGUACCCAGAAAGCAGACAUGUACCCAUGCAUUAGUACUUGCUAUGCCUCAGGUGGUGAUACACAUGUCACAACAACACUGUGUGACUUCAUGCUGUGCUGUUACCUCAUGGUGUUUUUCAUACUUCUGUGAAAUGUAGUCAUUUAUGCCAGCCGGUCAGUGAUAGCUUCACACCAGUUAGUUGUGUUCGACUCAGCACAGCAUUUGCUCAGUUUUUAGCUUUUCAUUUUCUGUGUUUCGCACCACGUUUGCUUCAGUGAAGAACUAAUGUUAAUUCAUGCCAUUAUGCAUUUUGUUACUGCCAAAUAAAUGUCAGCAGUACUUAUUUAACAACUAUGCCCUUACCGGGUACAGAACCUAAAUCGUUAGUUCUUUAUUUCAUGAUCCUUUUGCCAGAUGCGUAGAAUACAUUCUGUCUUUUGGAUUCUUUUCUAAUUUAAUAGAAUUAUGUCCACUUCACAUGGAGGAAGGAGUUGAAUACCAUCACUUACCAUGGAAGAGUGCAUUAUAGAAACCGUGGCAUAGUAAUGCAUGCAUGUCAUUAGAUAUUGCAGGUAGGGAGGUGGUAUAUUGUAGCAUCUAGUCCCUCUGGAAAGGAUUGAAUUUCAUUUAUUUGGUUCAGUGGGUUUCCAAGAAACCCCCAUAUCCAGGUAUAAACUGUGUUCAGUGUAUAUCUUUCAAAUACUGUGAACCAGCCUUGGCAUGUUUGAAAAAAAUAAAAAAAAUCAGUGCUCCAGAACUUUGAACACUGACUUCAGUGGAAUGGUACAUACAUUUAGGGAAUGCCUGAUUCAUCUGUUAUUUCUGAAGUCUGUCAGUUGAUUAUUUCCAGUAAAACUGAAAGGUCUUUAGGCCUGAUUUAAGUGAUCUAUGUGAAUUCAUGCCAUAAAUAGGUACACAUAUCUGUUUUUUUUUUUUUUUUUUUUAAGUAAUUAAGUGAUUUUUUUUAGACGUAAUGUUGCUGGUUUUAGACAGUAGAUUCUUUUGUAAGGAUUUAAUGGAAAAAACAAAGGCCACGUAUGUUUUAAGAAUUUAUUACAGUAUCAGAACCACUUUUGCUUUGGUAUAGAAUUGAUUUCUUUAAAUACUGUUAUAAUAUUUUGAGUCGUGAAACUGAACCCAGAGGAUCUGAUAUUUUGGAAGUUGGAUGAGAGCUUUCAAAAGCCGAAAGAAAACUUCUUGUAUGAACAUUGAAAGCAGCAUUUCCUGUUGUUAUUUUCUUUUAAAACAGACUUCUGUAAAACAGUGCAAUGUUUAGUGUUUAUUGUGUGUGUUUAACUGUUGCAGCCAUUACUUCACUGAACUCUUUUGCAGGCUGAGAUCUGACUUCUAGCCAGAAAUUCAGAGCUUAGCACCCCCUCCCCAUGGAUGGGUUGACCUCAGCUUUUACCGUGGGCUACUCCAUAUAUGUAAAGGUGGGUGUACAAAUGGCCAGUUUGUCCUGUAUUGCCACAUGCUGCAUGCAUACUACUCUUUCAGAAGUCUACCAGGGGGAGCAGAUAAGUACCCUGUUGGGAACCUUUUGCUAUAUUUGC